UGGUUGCAUUACUGUCUGUCCUUGCAGGAAGAGAGGAUGGUGAGAGAUCGGAACCUACUCCAAGUGCAGGAGCACGAGCAGCAGAUCCUGUGGAAGGUGAAGUUCAGCUCAGGAAACAGCAGCCAGAUGAGUAACCAGUGCAGGAACUCUGUGCAGGGGAAGCUCCUCAUCACAGAUGAACUGGGCUACAUCUGUGAGAGGAAGGACCUGCUGGUGAAUGGCUGUUGUAAUGUCAAUGUGCCCAGCACAAAGCUGUACAGCUGUGACACUUGUCUUCCCAACGGCUGCUGCAGUGUCUACGAGUACUGCGUGUCCUGUUGCCUGCAGCCCAGCAAGCAACACGUCCUGGAACGUUUCCUGAACCGAGCAGCAAUUGCUUUCCAAAACCUCUUCAUGGCAGUGGAAGAUCACUUUGAACUGUGUUUGGCAAAAUGCAGGACUUCAUCACAGAGUGUGCAGCAUGAAAACACCUACAGAGAUCCAAUUGCCAAAUACUGCUAUGGGGAGUAUCCUCCUGAGCUCCUGCCUGUCUGAAAGCUGCAUGGUCUGAGCAACACAGCGAAGGAACUGGAGACUUGGAUCCAAAAGCACAAGGCAACAGCUGUUGCUUUACAAGAGCCUCAGUGCAAAUGGCUUCUGCUGUGUGUGGGGGCAAACCUAGAGGUGUACAGAGUAAGCAAGGAGCUUCUCUAGGACUGAGUCUUGCUUCCUUCGGUUAUGCACCUGCAUUGGAGUGCUGGUACUGUGCUACAGUACCAGUCCAUUCUUGGAAUGCUUCAUCUAAAUUUUAGGAUGCAUGGAGUCAAUCUAGGCUAUAUAACAUCAUGGGAAAAAUAUCUAAUGUAGC